UUGCCUAUUUAACGGGGGGCUAGCUCGGCCAGUUCCAAGAGCAGCAUUAGGCCCAUUGCUUGUCGACGAGAGUUCAGAAACCAUAAAGUGCAAGUUAUAGUGACCUGGUGACAUCUACUGGCCGAACAAGAGUCGUGCAACAAGCGACUCCAGAUUGGUGAGUCAAGCAGAGAUCUGAUUGGCAGUAUGAAGAAUAUGACGAUUAUUUUACGAAAAUUACAAUUAACCAAUCAGUUCUGAGCACACCACCAUUCCUCCUGAGGGUAUAAGAGAAGUGAAAGAAGGCGGAUAUCAGCAUUCUCUGUGAAAGUGUUUGUGAGAUUGUUACAAUGUCUGGAAGAGGAAAGACCGGUGGGAAAGCUCGGUCCAAGGCCAGGUCUCGCUCCUCCCGGGCCGGACUGCAGUUCCCGGUGGGCCGCGUUCACAGGCUGCUGAGGAAGGGUAACUACGCAGAGCGUGUGGGUGCCGGAGCCCCGGUCUAUCUGGCCGCCGUGCUGGAAUACCUGACGGCUGAAAUCCUCGAGCUGGCCGGCAACGCGGCCCGGGACAACAAGAAGACCCGCAUCAUCCCCAGGCACCUGCAGCUGGCCGUCCGCAAUGACGAGGAGCUCAACAAGCUGCUGGGAGGGGUGACCAUCGCUCAGGGCGGGGUGCUGCCUAAUAUCCAGGCCGUGCUGCUGCCCAAGAAGUCCGGCGCCUCUGCAGCCACCAAGACCAAGUGAAGCGACCAUUCUUUCAACCGAGAACCCAAAGGCUCUUUUCAGAGCCACUCACUGAAUCAGUGAAAAGGGCGACCUGUUGUCUAUCCGGAUGUGCGAUAACAUCCCUAUCGAUUCUGAAUGACAUUAUAUUUCAAAUGCGAUCUGUGAAAACGAUGGUUACAACGAGACGCUGGCGCUGUUGCCUUAUCCAGACAUCAGGAGUCUCUGCUGCAUCUAUAUAUGACCAAUUGUCAAUGUUCAGAAAGACGUUCUUUAAUA